UUUGAUUACAAACUUACUAGGAACAUGAUCUUGAGUCUUUGAGAUUGUCCGUUUGUCUAUUGUGAGACCUUACCAAUUCUCUUCAACCUCUGUUUAUGUCGUGUGUCUCACGUUGUUUGUGUCUAUGAUUUUUUUUGGUCAUAAUAUUGUGACAAAUUAUGCAAAACAGAUCCAUACAAAUAUAUGUUUCCUUCCCAACAUAAACAACCCCCCAUCAAUCUACCAUCAUUAAAUUUAUUUAGAAGCGCUUCCUUGUAGUGUUAUUAGUUAAACAAAACCUAACAAACUUAAUUAAAACCCAAUAAACCAUUUUAAGAGAAAAAGUUACUAUAUAGUACAUCUUAUAUUUGUGUAAAAAGUACUUGUAUAUUUAUUUUCUUAAUAAUAUUAUCCUAUUGACAUCAUUUUCACCUUUUACUUUUUUUGGUUUCUUGGCCAACAGAUGUACGACGUUUACGUGAUGGCCUCAUUUUUUUUUUCCAAGAGUCCAAUCUAUAUUUGUUUUGUAUCCCCUCUGUGAUUGUGAUUACUGAAGUAUCCUAACGAUAAAAAUUUGCAGAAAAGAAUCCAAAACCCAAAACCAUCAAACUUUACAUACUAGUCAGCCCAUGGACGGUGCCAUUUGCUGACCUGGCUUCCCCACUCCCCCCCGGCCCCUCGCUGAUUAGCUCAUCGAUUCCUCCUUUUGUUAAUUAGCAGCUUUCAUUUCAAAAUCAUAUUUUUCAAACUCCCGUGUCAAGAAAAAGACAUUCCCUUCCUUCUUCUCUCUCCACGGUAAAAUUCCCAUCUUUUUUUUCCCCCAAAUAAGCGUAUGCGAAGUACGGACAGCCCUUGUUGAACUAACUAGGAAAGAAGAAAUUUUUCGAUUUCUUUUUAGCCCAAAAAUAGUUGUGGGUUAUUUUUUUUAUUUUUUUUAAUCUCAUUUUGUGAAGAGUAGGGUGCGGUUGGGAAUUUGUUGGGUUCGUCAUUGAAAGUGUUGGUGGGUUGGUUUUGUUUCAACCUGUACACGAGCUUCUUGGUGUAAGGGUUUUGACUUUGGCAGGAGGACUUUUGAAGUUUGCUUGGAGCUGAUCAAGAACAUUGCUGCUUUUCCGGUACGACCCCUUUUGGGGUUUAACAGUUUUUUUUUGUGGGUUUUAGGUUUUUCUAGGGCUGAUGCCUUUUCUCUUUUAAUUAUUGCUGGGGUUCUUCUGAGUUGUCAUUGAUGCUCUGUCGUUCAGUGAACUUCAUAAUCUGGUUUUCUUUCUUUUUAUUGUACUUCAUAAUCUGGUUUUCUUUCUUUUUAUUGUAAUGAUGGUGUUAUUUUGACUCGACUUUGUGAUGGCUUUUCCAGUUUGAUGAUUUGAGAAGAAUCAAGAUUAAGGGUGUUGAAGCUUCUAGGUUGUGAAUUAGUAUUAGGUUAUCAGGCCACCAUUUAAUGUAUUUACUUUGUUCAUUAGUUUGUUAAACUCUUGGUGUUAUACAUGAUAGAAUUAGGUUGUUAGGUUAGUGAUUGGAAAUUUCCCUGAGUCAUCAAUUCCAUGGUAGAAGCAUCCCCUGUUGAUGAUAAGUGUUUUUAAACAGUUUGGUUGUGUCAUCUGUUUGUUUUGUGAACUUAAUAGGAUCACUUAGAUUGUAGAAAGCGUUUAAAUUGUCUAUAGACAGGUAACGGAAAAAGGUGACUUGUCCUGAAAAUAGCCAUGGGCUUUUGGUUGCAAUACCGUUUUGAUAAACCAAAAACAAAGUACUAGCUUAGGCAGCUUUCUGUCUAAACGUCUAGUGAACUGAUAUCCUAUUGCAAGUUUAAAGUGCUCUGUUCUGGAAAGUUGUAUGGGGGAAAUUGUAGUUAUAAAGAGGUUAGUCAUUGACAUGUUUCUAUAGGGUUGGUUAGUUUUGUGGAGGAACAAAUAAGCUUGGCUGCUUUCAUAGUUUAUGCAUUUUGGACUGAAAUUUUCUUAAGCUGAAGAUUUUAUUAUAGACUUGCAUGCUUUUGUGUGAAGUAAUUUACUGCUUUUAAGGUUUUAAUAUAUUGGUGUUUGCCUUUUAAAGCAUUUUGGGUUGAAAGUUUCUUAAGCUGGAGAAUUUAUGACAAUCUUGCAUGCUCCUGCGUGGAGCAAUUUGCUGCUUCUAAGGAUUUAAUUAUCUUGGUGUUUGCUUUUUGAAAGCAUUUAUGUGCUAUAGAUUUCGUCUUAUUAUAUGUUGUUUACUUAGAUCAUGAAAUGGAAGCACCUUGUAGCUUUGUUUUGUGCUACAUGUAUCAAUGAGUCCUUUGGUGAUUGAGAAUUUCCUCUCGCGUGCUCUUAAAUAUUUAUACUGCUCUUCAUGUGUAUUCGCUAAAGGUAACAUGCCAGUGAUUUUUGGUUGUUUUAUUACAGUGUCAAUGAUUCAUGAAGCAGGAAACAUUUUGAAUUUGUGAAGGUUAAUAUGUUGCUUUUACUCUUGUGUGACCGGGAUUUCUUUGGAAAGUAUUAAUAUUUUGUGUAUUUGGGUGCAAGUUUACUCAUUUUUAGUGGUGAGUCGUUUGAAAUUUGCUUUCACAUCCAGCUUUUGGUAGCAUACUUAUGGCACAGGUUUUAUAGGCUGUUUACUAUUCAUUCAUUGUAAAUUCCUUUUCGAGUUUCUUACACUAUUCUUUUUCACCUUGGUACUUUUUUUUUAGGCUGUGUAUACAGUUGCAUUUCAAAGGCUUGAGUAAGAUGGUUGCGAAAGAUCGACAGAAGAACACAGGAUCUCCUAAAGUUUUGGUAGGCGAGAUAGACACAAGUGCCCCUUUUCAGUCUGUUAAAGAUGCUGUCAAUUUAUUCGGCGAGGGUGCUUUUUCCGGGGAAAAACCAGCAAUUAGGAAGCCAAAGGUGUAUUCUGCUGAGAGAAUAUUGGCAAAGGAGACUCGGCUUCACAUGGUCCAAAAAGAGCUAAAUAAGUUGAAAGAUCAAUUAAAGAGUGCUGAAACUACUAAAACCCAGGCACUUUCAGAACUUGAAAAAGCUAAACUAACAGUUGAAACUUUGACUAACAAGCUCAAAGAAGUCAGCGAAUCAAAGGAAUUGGCAGUUAAAGCAGCAGAAAUGGCAAAUCGUAUAAGGCAAAUGGAUAAUGGCAGUGAUGGUUCUCUUGGAGCUGACCGAGAACAAUAUACAGCCAUCAUUGGGGAACUUAGUGCUGCAAAACAAGAGCUGAGAAAACUACGCCAGGAAUAUGAUUCUUCUAAGCAAGCAAAAGCUGCAGCUAUCCAUCAGGCAGCAGAAGCUGAGAACGCUGCAGAAUCAAAUAAAAAGAGAGCUGAUGAGGUGGUGAAAGAAAUUGCGGGUGUACAUGAGUCAAUUGAGGAAGUGAAGCUUGAAAUUGUACAAGCACGAGAAGAAGAAGCAAAACUAUAUGCUGAUAAGGAUGCUGAGAAACAAACUUUUAGAGCUAGGCUAGAAGAAUCAGCAAAUAAAUUGAGGACCUUGAAGAAAGAUAUUGAUCCCGAAAGCACUCGAGAAUUAGAAGCUCAACUGGCUCAGACUAUGUCACAAAUUGAAGAGCUAAGAAAAGAGACGGACAGUGCAAAGGCUUUAGAUAUUGAUUCGGUGAAAAUGGUCACUGCAGAGCUGGAUGAUGCAAAGGGGUCACUGCAGAAGGUAGCAGAAGAAGAGAGCUCCAUCCGGAGCUUAGUGGAAGAACUCAAAAUCGAAUUAGAGAAUGUGAAAAAAGAGCAUGCUGAGUUGAAGGCUAUGGAAGCGGAAAAAGAAUCUGUGGCUGGGAAUCUGCAUGUCAAGCUUCGUAAAGCAAAGUCCGAGCUUGAAUCUGCCCUUGCAGAAGAGUCUAAAACAAAAGGGGAGUCUGAUGAAAUGCUCUCAACCCUGCAUCAGCUCUCGGAAGAGACUAAAAUGGCUGGAAAUGAAGCAGAAGAAAUGAAGAAGCAAGCUGAAUUGUUGAGAAAAGAAGCCAAUGACACUAGAAUCAUUCUAGAAGAAGCAGAAGGGAAGUUAAAAGUUGAAUUACAGGAAGCUGAAGAAGCAAAGGCUGCCGAGGCAAGAGCCCUUGAUCAGAUCAAAAUUUUGUCUGAAAGAACUAAUGCUGCACGUGCCUCAACCUCCGAGUCCGGUGCACAGAUCACGAUAUCCAGAGAUGAAUUUGAAUCAUUGAGUAAAAAAGUUGAAGAAUCUGACAGAUUGGCAGCUAUGAAAGUAGCUGCUGCAAUGGCGCAGGUGGAAGCUGUGAAAGCAAGUGAAAAUGAGGCUCUUAAGAAGUUAGAAGCCAGUCAGAAGGAAAUAGAUGAAAUGAAAGCUGCCACACAGGAAGCAUUGAAGAGGGCCGAAAAGGCGGAAGCAGCCAAAAAAGCGGUGGAAAGCGAGUUAAGGAGGUGGCGCGACCGCGAGCAGAAAAAGGCUGAAGAAGCAGCAUCAAGAAUCUUAGCAGAAACAGACCUGACGUCUUUUGCAUCAGCUUCACCAAUCAAUUAUCGGUUUGAGAAGCCGCAGCAGAAAACUCCUCCAGAACCACGGGUGGAAGUUGUAAGAAAGCUGGAAAAAUCGAAAACCUCGGUUUCAAAGAAAGUGCUGAUGCCAAGUAUUACAGGCAUAUUUCACAAUAAGAAGAAAAACAACCUAGUUGAAGAUGUGUCGGGUGGCUAUGCUUCGUAUCUGCCAGGAGAGCGGCCUUAUUGAGAGAAAUUUGGUAAAGGAAUAAAAUGAAUGAAUGAAGCAUAUCCUGUUUGUGUAUAUGGUAAACAACUUUUUUCCCCUUGAGUUGUUUGUUCUCUCUAUCUUUGAAGUAUGGUUAGGGAUUAGGGAGGGGGGUUUAAUGUUCUGGAGGCCAAGAAAUUUGGCUGGAAAGUGGGCAUAGAAUUUGUGUGAUUGUGCUGCGAUGCAUUCGAAAAUGGAUGCUGGGUGGGAACUGAAUGACAUAAAAGAUCUGGGAGAUAUGGUUUCCAGAACUGAUACUUCGUAUGGUUGCAGAUGAAUGCCACAUCCUUUAUUUGUACAUUAUAUAUGGUUUCAAACAUCCAAACGAAGUGUCACGGUCCCCUGUUGUGUACUAUUUAUAUCGGAUUUUUACUCUCUAAACGUAUAAUUGCAAAACAAUGUCAUCAAUAAUAAUGAUUAAAAAAUUUAAAUAUAUUUUGAGAGAGUUUUGUAUU